AUGUGGCCUCAGCCCGGCGCGUCAAGGUGGACGCAGCCUCCUCACGGCGUCGACGCUCGACACGUGUACAUGCACGACGGCGCGAGCACCUACGACCCGUACGGCCAGCAGUACCACGGUCACGGCGAGUACGGCUUCGCGCACGAGCAGGCGCAUCGAGUCGACGGCGGGCGCGUCGUGGGCGGCCCCGCACAGCACUCGUCGCCGUCGUCGUCGGCGUCGCGUCCUCACGCUCAACACGAUCACGCCUACCACCCGUACCGCCAGUCGCCCGCCCCGACGCCGACCAAGGCGAUCACGUUCGUCGACGCCAACGAGCAGAUCGAGGCGGCCCUCAAGGGCAGCUCGCUCGACGCGCUGCAGAACUGCCGGCCCAAGCGCAAGCGCAUCCUCCCCGACCAGCUCGAGCGCCUCCUCGAGGUCUUCGAGACGACCGACUCGCCCACGUUCGAGGUCAGGGACAAGCUCGGCGCUGCCACGAGCAUGACGAACCGCGAGGUCCAGGUCUGGUUCCAGAAUCGUCGCGCCAAGGUCAACCGUCAGCGCCUGGCCUCGCUCGCCGUCGAGGAGGCGGCUCGGGCGGCGACGAAGCCCAAAGGCGCCGCCGUCGAGUCGGACACGGGCAGGUCGUCGCCGGGCGUCCAAGCAGCCGGGCAGCACCAGUGGCGCUUUCGUGCCGCGACGAUGCUGCCGCCGCCCGUCCCGUCGCCGUCCACGUCGGCGCACGCCCAUCCUCCUCGUCCUCUCUCCCUUCCCUCGCCACCGCCCACGUCACACCACGCCGUACAUGGUCUCGUCGGUCACCCAUACCCGUACUCGCCGCCGGACUACACAACGUACGCCGUCUCGCCCUCGCCCUUCCACCCUUCCCACCCGCACCCGAGCACGUCGGCGUUCGCGCAGGCGAUCGGUCACCCGUCCAGCUUCGGCAUGAUCAGCCCGCCGCUCAGCAUCACGACGCCGAGCCUCGCGUCGCCGGGCACGGCGUCGAUGCUGAGCUACUUCCCGCGCACGCCGAGCGAGCUGUCGUCGCCGUCGGGCACCUUCUUCCGCCUCGCCCUCGACUCGCCGUCGUCGCAGCACCCUGUGUCGCCUUACUUUUCCGGCGCGAGCUACCAGUCGCCUGUGUCGCCGACGUCGCCGCUCGUCGACGAGCCCGAGCCGCGCAUCCACCUCCCGCCCAUCCGCUCGAGCGGACCUUGGCCGUCGCCGAGGGCCGCGCCGCCAGUUCGCCCGACCGACCGUCGAUCGGUGAGCGACUCGGCGCCCUCUGCGGCGCCCGGGCAGGGCGAGCCCGCGACGGCAACGGCGGUGGCGGCGGCUGGCGAGCGCACGGCCCUCGUCCGCCUCCCGUCGCUUCACGGCCUCCUCAACCACGAAGCCGCACCCGCCGUCGCCCUUCCGACGCACGCAUCCCUGCCGACAUCGCCCGUCGACUACUUCCGCACCCUUCCUUCCGCCAUCGCCAACUCGCCCGACCCCCUCGCCCUCGGCGCCUUCCCAAACGCGCGCUCGCCUCCCUCGACGUUCGCCAAGCCCCGUCUCGUCUCGCGCUACUCGACACUCGACAUCCACACCCAGCCCUCGCGCUCGCGACUGAGCUCACGAGCCCCGACGCCCGCCGCCUCGGCCGACGCGCCCGUCGUGGUCAGCGACGAGUCGGCGGCACGCCGAGGCUCGCUGCACCGCACCUCGCUCGACACGGUCAGCGUGGAGGAGGAGCGGAGCAUUCCGUCGUCGGUCGAGACGCAGGGAAUUGGGCUCGGCAUGCUCGUCGCGGCGGCGAGCGAGGUGAGGGCCAACGACGACGAGAAGGUGGCGCGACUGGCGGCCGCCAAGGGCAUGCGCUAA